UGCCUCCUGCUGCGCGCGCACCCGCCCUGUGCCGCUGCUCGCGGGGGCUGCUGGGAUCGCUCGCCGCCUUGGUAAUGUCCGCCAUGUUUGCCAUGGCGCAGGGAGCGGAUCGAGCCAACAAAACCCGGAUCUAGGCACGACGAACCAGCGCCUGGAGCGUCGCUUUCUGCCCCUCACCGUGUCACGGGGGCCCCAUGAAUCGGCGGGGGGAGAGAGUGAGUGGCUUGGGGGGGUCCUUCUGACCGUCGGUUUUAAGUGUUUUUUUUUUUUUUUUAUCCCUCGGCCCCCCCCCUCCCCCGGCUGUGGUGACAAUGAGCAAACUGUCGUUCCGAGCGCGGGCACUGGAUGCUGCCAAGCCGCUGCCCAUCUACCGGGGCACGGACAUGCCCGACCUCAACGACUGCGUGUCCAUUAACCGGGCCGUGCCGCAGAUGCCCACGGGGAUGGAGAAGGAGGAGGAAUCGGAACAUCACUUACAGCGAGCUAUCUCGGCGCAGCAAGUUUUUAGAGAAAAGAAAGAAAGCAUGGUUAUUCCCGUUCCUGAAGCCGAGAGCAAUGUUCUCUACUACAGUCGCCUGUACAAAGGAGAAUUUAAACAGCCCAAGCAGUUCAUUCACAUUCAACCAUUUAAUCUAGACAAUGAGCAGCCAGAUUAUGAUAUGGACUCUGAAGAUGAGACUUUGCUUAACCGACUCAACAGGAAAAUGGAAUUAAAACCACUGCAGUUUGAAAUUAUGAUUGACAGGCUAGAAAAGGCCAGCUCCAAUCAGCUGGUCAGUCUUCAGGAAGCAAAGUUGCUGCUAAAUGAGGAUGAUUUCCUUAUCAAAUCAGUGUAUGACUACUGGGUAAGAAAACGUAAAAACUGCAGGGGGCCCUCCCUCAUUCCCCAAAUUAAACAAGAGAAACGCGAUGGGUCUACAAACAGCGAUCCAUAUGUGGCAUUCAGGCGGAGAACUGAAAAGAUGCAAACACGAAAGAAUCGCAAGAAUGACGAAGCUUCUUAUGAGAAAAUGUUGAAGUUAAGAAGGGAAUUCAGCAGAGCCAUAACCAUUUUGGAAAUGAUCAAAAGAAGAGAAAAGACAAAGCGGGAACUGUUGCAUUUAACGCUUGAAGUUGUAGAGAAGAGGUAUAAUCUGGGUGACUUUGGAGGUGAAAUUUUGAAUGAAAUUAAAGUUUCAAAAGUUGAGAAGGAGAGCCAUACCAUACCAACAUCUCUUCAUAACGGCAAACAUCACCGAGUUCCUGAAUGCAAAGCGAAGACUAUUCACCAUCCCUCUGUGAAAGAAGAAGUUUUUGAAAUAGUACGGCUAAAAAAGAAGUACCCAAAGAAGCCAAAAGCAGACCCAGUUGUCACUCCUCAGCCAGCCUCUGAGCCAUUGCCAGUAAUUAACAAGAGUGAUAUCAAACAGUAUGACUUCCAGAGCUCUGACGAUGAAGAGUUUCCACAGGUACCCUCUCCAGUGUCUGAGCUCGAAGAAGAGAACGACCCCGAUGGGCCCUUUGCCUUCAGGAGAAGAACUGGAUGCCAGUAUUACGCCCCACGUGUGGACCAAAUCGACGAUCCUUCGGAAAACCCAGGUUUGUCAGGACUGACUAGGCUUCGGUAUAAGCAUUGCCUCACCACUCUCACAGUCCCAAGACGGUGCAUAGGAUUUGCAAGGAGACGACUGGGCCGAGGUGGAAGGGUUAUAAUGGACCGACUAUCCACGGAACAUGACCCUAUUCUACAGCAGCUUGACCCUGAAAUGUUGUCUAGUUUUUCAAGCUCUUCCCAUGUUGCACAUUCCCCUCCUGAUAUUUCAUGGACCAAUGCUUCCGAUAAACAUUGUGCAAACAGACUGUCUCUAUCAGAGAUCCUAAGCAAUAUUCGGUUAUGUCGACUGCAGUGUUUCCAGCCAAGGCGAAUACAUUUUCAAGACAACGAUAGCGAAGAAUGUACCUCAAGAAUAGUAGGGCAUGCUGUAAGCUUAAAACGCGCUGCUUUACUGAACACCAGCAAGAAUGGACUGACAGUCACAGGGGGAAUCACCGAGGAACAGUUCCAGACGCAUCAGCAGCAGUUGGUCCAAAUGCAAAGACAACAGCUGGCUCAGCUCCAACAGAAGCAGCAGUGCCAGCAGUCUUCACAGCAGAUACAUCCAAACACACAGGGCUCUGGAAACUCUGACUGCAUGUCCAAGACACUGGACUCAGCUAGCGCCCACUUUGCUGCAUCUGCCGUGGUCAAUUCACCUACUCCAGGCCGUAGUGAAGUAACCAAGGAUCAAAGCACUGGCCACAGCCUGAAUGGCAUUGUACAACCUCCGGGAGGGACUGCUAAAACGCUGUACUCCACAAACAUGGCUUUAUCAUCCAGCCCAGGGAUCUCCACCGUUCAGCUUGUACGGACAGUCGGACACCCCACCACUAACCACUUAAUCCCAACAUUGUGCACAAGUAGCCCCCAGAACCUUCCUAUGAGUAAUUCCUGCCUAACGAACACCGUUCACCUCAACAGCGUCAGUGUUGUGUCACCUGUCAAUGUGCAUAUCAAUACAAGGACUUCUGCGCCAUCUCCCACAGCCUUAAAACUCGCCACAGUUGCUGCCAGCAUGGACCGAGUGCCAAAGGUUACUCCAAGCAGUGCCAUCAGCAGCAUAGCCAGAGAAAACCACGAACCAGAAAGGUUGGGCUUGAAUGGAAUUGCAGACACAACAGUAGCAAUGGAGGUGACAUAAUUUCAGAACAUAGACUUGACCUGACAUUUCAGGAUUUCUUUUUCCACCGAAAUGCAAGCUGCAAUGCUGUGCGGAUCAGCGCAUGCUAACAUGGACCUAAAUGGACUAUUAAGUGUAUGGGACAUUCUCCCAAUAUACUCUAUGUACAUUUUGUAAAAUUGGAAAAAAUCACUACCUUGUAAAAUAGUUUAUUUGUAUCAUUCAUAUUAUUUCUGUUACUUGAAUAGUACAUAUUCAUCAUCAUGCUUUUGCACUUGAAUUUGCAACUGAAUGGAUAUAAAAACAAAUCUUUAAUGGGAUCAUGAGCAUGGAAUGGGGUCCUGCAUCACUUGUUUUAGCUAUUUAUUUUGCCAUGUUUACAUUUUGUAUCUUGUACAAAUAAAUCCAACUUUGUGUCUAAAACGAAAGUUAAAGUGCCCCGUCACCUGGGCACAGCGGUGGCGGCCAUUUUGUGGGCUGAACCAAUAUUCGGCCUAGAUUUGCCCUAGGAACCAGUGAAAACACUGAGGCACAAGACCCUUAAUGGUCUCAGGAGAACACAGAGCGGCUGCCUCCGCUGUGGGGAUGUGACGGAUCCACUUUAAAGAUUCAUAGCUAGGAAAUUAAACUUCUUGUAAUUUUUUUCUAAAGGAAAUGUAAAGUUUUCACUUUGUUCAUUUUGUUUCACAAUUUGACUAUAUGGACCUUUUGGUAAUAGUGGCACUUCACUGUCAGAUAUGAAGUUGAGGCAAAAUAGUAUUUUCUAUUACUGUGCAGGGGGAGGGAUGGAUCGAUACAUACAAAAUUUAAUGUAGAAACUCACUUUUCCAUAUAUUUUGAAUGUAUAUUUCUAUUUAUAAUUCCAGUUUAUAAGAGUAAAAUUACACAAAGUCUAUGAAAGAAAACAAAAAAGAAAAGGAUGUAGCCAGCACCGGAGCUGUGCAGCCAUUUCCAUUUUAUCAAAAAUUGCUUAUUUUAUCAGCUUUCAAAUCUUUAACACCCAAAGUACAGAUUUUACCAGUUCUGUAUUGCAUCAUAUACCAUUGCAAUAACUAUUGGAUGUUUACUAUCGAGCCAUCUCUGAUGUCGGUGGGAGGGGACAUGCUGAGUGUUUUCCUGUACAACAAGGCAAGUAACGGGUCUGAAAUCGUCUGAUUCUUAACUGUCCAACACUUUUUUGCUAAUGUUAGUGAAUUCAUUUUUUUCUUUUUAAUAUAUAUAUAUAUUUUUUUUUUUUUUUACUUUUUUGUAUUUUUUUUAUACCGUUUCUGUAAAUGAGAUGUGUAGUGCUCUUAAUCAGACUGUUCGUUGAUGCACUAGUUCAGACAGCUUUCCCUGUUACUUGUUCUUGAUAAGUGGAAACUGCAGGGAAAUAAAAUACAUAUAAAAACAUAGAUACCGUGCACAAAUGGUUAUUGCACAAGUGGAAAAAGUUGGAAAAAAAACAUUUGCUGGUAUAAUAUUGUUGGCUGGUAUCUUUGCAAAACUGCCACAAUGCGAAAUCAACCAUGUGGCUUGUGUUCCUCACACAGGACCAUACAUUGGGGCUUUCUGUGUACCAUAAUGAAUUGUGUGCUUUGAAUGACUCUUCAUGCUUUGUAAUACAGGGCUGCCCCCAUGUAUCAGAGUUCCAUAUUUUAUUACUUGUUUGUAAAGUGUUCCUGUUUCCUUCACAGAGUGGAAGCUGCCAUAUUGGGGGCUGAAUCAGUAUUUAGGACAAUGCAGCCUAUUUUAUUUCUCUGUGAACCAGUAACAUCAUUCAGACACAGAGGCAGCCAUGCGGCAGUCAUUUUAUGAGCUGGACGAACAUUCAUGACCAUACAGCCUAUUAAUUCACGCAGACCUGAUAUCACUAAGGCAAGAGGAACAAACAGACCUGUGCUUAUGUGAUAUCAAUGUUGCCUAGGGUGAUGGGUUGUUUGCUUACUUAUGAAUGUUUAUUCAGCUGAUAAAGUGACUCUUCUUCUUGUAAGACACAGGAGCACUUUAAAGCCAAGUAAGCAUUCAACAAUCUUCUUGAUCAUUUGGCCACUAGGGGGCAAUGGCAAAUUGGAAUCUAUACAUAUUUAUCUGCUUACAAGCACCAGGGCAGUUCCCACUAACAAAAUAAGUCUCCAUGCAGAAUAACUCCUACACAUAUUAUCUACAGACAUUCAAAUAGUAAAAAUACGUCUAUUACACUUUUCAAUUAAAUUAUUCUGAAUUCGUUAUAUGAAA